GGAAUAGAGAGAAAGAGCAGAGAAAGUGAGAAAAUAAAAAUAAAAAAUAAAGAAAAAGAAACACAUGACCAAUAAUGAUGAGAUAUAUUGGGGACAACACACAACUCAAGCACAGAAACGCAAACAAAUACCCAUAACAAGAGAGAGAAAAGAAACCAAGCAGAGUGGUAAACAAAGGAACAAAACCCAGAAUCUAGAGAGCAAUAACGGCUCUAGCUUUGUGAAUAGCAUACCAUAGCAACAACAACAACAACACACAGAACACACAAAGAAAAAGUACUUCCCCCAAAACCAUAUAUUAUAUUAUGAUAUGGUUUCAUUGGAUCGUAACCGGGGGGCACUUGUCCAAAUUGGAAAUUUCCCGAGUGAUUAGGGUUUUGAUUGGAGGGUGUGAUUGAAAGGAAGACUGUGCUUGUUCAUUCUCUGCGUGGGGUUGCGUGAAAUGGGCAUGGUCUCUGGUCUUUUCAGGGGUUCAUAUUUUGGAUUUAGAGUUACUGUGGUUGAGCAUUUGCACUUGGAGAUUGCUUAAGAUGGUGUUUGACAUUGCUUCUUUGAGCAUGGAAGAAGAUUGUCUAUAUUAAUAACAGUGAAUCAGUGAUCAGGAUUUGGAGAACCGUUUUUGGACACACUACAAAAAGCUGGGCCUUCUGGGUCUUCAUUUUUGGUGUUUUUCUUCUUUGUCUUUUUUGUCUUUGCUGGGGGAUCAUUUUGGUUUAGGGAUUUGACACAAAGAAAAAGCUGUUGAUUCUUAGUUGGCUCACAAGGAAACUAGAGUAUCCGAUUUCAGUGGUCCUUUUUGGUUUCUGAAGCAGCCCUUUGAAUUGAUAUAGUUAGUCUGAGCUUAACACUAGUGUAGGAAGCAUAUACUGAUUGGAAUUGUGUUGAACCAUUUGUCGACUUUAAGUAGUUAGAACAAGUGGUUGCUGUGCUGUGCAUUGAUUUUGCAUCAGUUUUUAGUUGUAUAGUUUGAGCUGUUUGAAUAUUUUGGUGAAGGGUAGUAAACGUUGGUGGUUUCCACAAUUUGUGUUUGUAGUAAGAGGCUUAUGGAGGAAUAUUAAAGCUGGAAAUGAAUGCGGUGACAUGGUGCAUGGACAGGAGCAUAGUUGCUGGUUCGUUCCCUUUCUGGAACAGGGCUACUGGAAACUAAUUCAAGCACUCUCAAAUUUAGAAGAAUUUUACACUAGGCGUAUUUGGAUUUUGUGCAAUGUCGCGCUGUUUUCCAUUUCCACCACCAGGAUAUGGAAAGAAGGCUAUAACAGAUGAAGUGGACUUAUUAAAAAAGGAAAAGCAGAAAGAAAAAAAACAUAAGAAAGAUAAGAAGGACAAAGAGAAGAGGGAAAGCAAGGAAAAGAGAGAGAAAGAAGGAAGAGAUGGAAAGCAUAAGGAAAAGAAGGACAAAAAAGAAAAACACAGAGAGAAAAAGAAAGAUAAGGAUAAGGACAAGGACAAGAGCAAAGAUAGAGAUAAAAGUAAAAGCAGUUCUGCAGAUGACAAAGGGUUCCCAAGACAAGCCGAGGGUCUCAACGCAGGUAAACCCCAUCAAAAGGAAAUUAAGCAAGAUGAUAAGAAGGGUAUCUUGUUUGAGAACAGACUCACCAAACAGUAUGCUGGUAACAAUGGGGAGAAGGCAAGAGAGAAAAAUCAUCUGGCUGAAGAGAACAAGGAUUCAAAGUUCCUCCUGGAGUUGGACCGGAGGAUUAGGGAUGAUGAUGGAGGAGCUGACAAUCAAUUGGUUCAUAAAUUUACCAAUACAAACCAUAGAAAAGAUGAGGGGACUGUUAGGUUGGUGGCUAAAGGUCCAGGUGGCACCAGGUCUGAUGGUAAUGAAAAACUCAAGGAUAUGGGUCUUCAUGUUAAGAAGAUGGAUGGGCGAGGAAUACAGGAUGAGGUCCGGCCAAUUGGAAACACACCACCAGUUCAGAAUCAUGUUGGAAAUUUUCAUCCUGGAGUUGGUGGAAUACCCAAACUUUUGGGAAAGUAUUUUGAAAGGAAUUUGGAAGCAACAGUUGAAGGUAAAGAAAAGGUUAAGGAAAAGAAAGAUGAAAAAAAAAAGGCCAAGGAAAAGACAGAAGAAAGGAAGGUUAAGGAAAAUAAAGAUGAAGGAAAGGAAAAGGUUAAGGGAAAAAAAGAUGAUAAACGAAGAGAUAAAAGGAAAGAUAGAGAGAAGGAGAAGAAAGGGCAUGGGAAGGACAAAGACAGGGAUAAAGAGAAGAAAAAGGAGGAUAAAGCUAAGGAGCAUAGUGAACUUAAAACAACAGAGCAAAAUAAAUUAAAAGAAAGCAACAAAGUUGGAAUUAUAAAUUCAAAUUCUUUCACACAGCCUUUUAGGAACAGCCAUGGGAACGCUGUCAGUGGAGAAAAUCUCAAGAAGCGGAAGGACAUUGAGUCAAAUGGAGUUCCACAUGUCAAUGACAGUUUGCCCAAUAAGUUUCCGAAACUGUCUUCCUCUCAUCCAUUCACUGAAAACGGAAGGGUAUUGGAACCUUGCCAGGUUUCCAUUCCAAAUGCUUCAGAUAGGCCACGAGAAGCCACCAGUGUUAAGGUAGAAAAGAAAGAAAGCAAGAUGAAUGGCAUCAUUGAAAGUCAGCCAUUUGCAGCUUCUUCAAACAAGACUCAAACUGCCAAUGUGUCAGCUGAUUUGGUAACUGAAGCAUCUGCAAAGCCCCCUCAUCCAGAUACCAAGUACCUAGGCCAGGUAUAUUCAGUACCUAAGGUGGAGCAGUGGUCUGAUUUUGACGAUCAAGAGUGGCUAUUUGGCAGCAAUGUUUCACAAGAAAGAAAAUCUGUGGUGAAAUCUUCAGAGGUUGGGGAGACACCUCAGGUAUGGGCAGAAGCUCUGCACAUAGAGCCAGCAGAUGUUUUUGCUCUUCCAUAUGUCAUUCCGUACUGAUUAAUUAUUUAAUUGUCACACGAUGCUUCAAACAAUUAUGAUGUGUGCACAAGGAACCCUCCUUUGACUUUCCGUGCCGGAGGACUGAAGCAUGGGCUGGAAAAUGAUUCCUAUUUUCUUGAUGCAUUCUUUUGUUAAUUGCACACUGGCAGCGAGUAAUGAGUGACUCAUUGGUUGCCUUGAUCUUAAACUGUUUGGAUGGUGACUCUUGCUGCAACUGAUUGUCUUGAUUUUUUACUGAUUGGAAGGGGAACAUCUGUUGGUACUGCCAGAUUGGGGGUGCAGCUCUCACCUUGUGCGUCAUAGUAAUUCAUUUAGACAACAGAGAAUUUGUACAGGUUGUGGAGAGGGGGAGGGGAGAGGUACAAGCUUGUGCAACUUGUUUUUCUUUUUUUGCUGAAAGCUGAGCUGCUCUUUCUAAUUGAGAAUGAGAAUUUGUAAGUGAAACUGUGGUCUUUGCAACUCCACCACAAUUUUGAUUUGUAACAUAGAACUCUUAUUUUACGAGAAUAUGUAUGAUAGAGAAGGGGAAAAAGAAGUAAUCGGAUUCAUUUAUUCAGUUUCCUGUAAAUUUUAUUGGUCAUUGAAUCA